AUGCUCAUUCGCUACUUCGUCUCAAAAACGAUCAUAUAUCAAAGACUCACUAAUGGCACAUCGCAUAUCCCCGGCCCUGAGAUAUCGAAAUGGACAGGAGUGAUCUACACGUAUUAUUGGAUGAAGGGAAGCGCUCCCAUGUACAUUCACCAACUUCAUGAAGAAUAUGGCCCUAUUGUCCGGGUUUGUCCAGACAUGGUUGAUAUAUGUGAUACGGCUGCCGUCAAAGAAAUCCACAAAACCAACAGUCGGUUCCUCAAAACCGUGUGGUAUCGCAAUCUGGUGAACAACUCCGUGCACAACGUGUUCUCGACCGUAGAUCCCAAGUUCCAUGCCGUGCACCGCCGUCUUCUAGCAUCGCCCAUCUCCGAUUCCUCAAUUACUCGAUUCGAGCCACUCAUCGCGGAUAGAAUCAACCUCACUAUCUCCAGAAUGAAACAGGAGAUAGAAUCACGGGGUGUUGCUGAUGUUUUCAAAUGGUGGUUAUUCAUGGCAACGGACAUCAUUGGUGAACUUAGCUUUGGCGACUCCUUCCGUAUGCUCGAGGCAGGAAAAAAAAACCAAUACAUUAUGGACAUGGAACGGUUGGCAUCAUACGCGGCCAUACGGACAAGUUUCCCACGUCUGAUGAAACUUGCCGGCUAUGCCCCUUUGCCGAUGAUUCAAGAGGGUAUACAGGCAGGCAAGCGACUGAGGAUGUAUGCUGCCCAGUCAGUGGAUCGUUAUCGAUCUCUCAUUGCGGAAAAUCCAUCAGAUCCCAAACCAACCCUGCUCACUAAAUUGUUCGACACGGAGAAAAAUGGAUUGACAUAUGAAGAUAUUCGGCAGGAGGCUCAGGGAUUCAUUGUCGCAGGAAGUGAUACCACUGCUGUCACCAUGACUUAUUUAAGCUAUGCUGUUUCCAACGAUAGCCGCGUGCGAGAAAAGCUUGUUGCUGAGUUGAUGGGAAUCCCCGAGCCCGUUAGAGACAAAGACCUCAGAUACCUGCCUUAUCUCAACAAUGUCAUCACGGAAUCUUUGCGGCUAUAUACGGCCGUUCCUUUUGGAUUGCCUCGCGCGGUGCCGACAGAGGGAGCCGAGUUCUGUGGAUAUUCCCUGCCAGGAGGAAUCACGGUGUCAACACAGUCUCACAGUCUCCACCGAGACCCUUCUAUUUUCUCAGACCCGGACAGUUUCAAUCCAGAGAGAUGGGAAACCCCAACCAAGGAAAUGAAAGAUGCCUCUUUGCCUUUCGGUGGUGGAUCACGAAUUUGCCUGGGUAUUCAUCUAGCACGCAUGGAGCUUCGUCUGGCUACCGCGCUUUUCUUCAGAGCUUUACCCGAUGCUCGACCUUCGAAGAAAGAGGGAAUGUCAGAAAAUGACAUGAUCAUGGAGUCUUUUUUCUUGAUGGCUCCACAGGGUCAUCGUUGUCUCAUUGAGACUUGA